ACCAUCCUCUGAGCUUAGAGAAGUUAGCAGACGGGUGCCAGUCUGGUCUGUAGCCACGAUGGAUGCAAUAGCAUGCCUUCUGAUGGUCCUUCUGUCCUGGACAAGGUUACAUGAUAUUGACGCCCUCCAGUGUUACUGUGACCGCUGCAGCGCCAACUCCAGCUGCACCACAGAUGGCGUCUGCUUUGUGGCCAUUAAGAAGUCGGGGAGCCAGCAGAUCUCAGAACAGCGUCAGUGCAUACAUGACAGCGAACUGAUCCCUCGAGACAGACCCUUUGUAUGCGCCCCAAACUCCAGAACGGACACCGGCAUCUUCCCCAUGUGCUGCUCGUCUGACUACUGCAACAAGGAGCCGAAUUUCACAGUCUUUCCAGAAGAAGAAAAGCCCCAGUCUUUGGGCCCCGUGGCCCUCGCUGCGGUGAUUGCAUGCCCAGUGUGUGUGCUGUGUCUGCUGCUCAUUUUGGCAUUCUACAUCUGCCACAACCAAAGAGGUUUGGGUGCUGGCGGAGCCGGGGCCCUCCACCACCGUGUGCCCAAUGAGGAGGACCCCUCCAUGGAUCACCCCUUCAUCACUGUUGGAACAACACUCAAAGACCUCAUCUAUGACAUGACCACAUCCGGCUCUGGAUCAGGCCUGCCUCUGCUGGUCCAGAGGACCAUCGCCAGAACCAUCAUCCUGCAGGAGAGCAUUGGGAAGGGACGUUUUGGCGAGGUGUGGAGGGGUAAGUGGCGUGGUGAGGAGGUGGCGGUGAAGAUAUUCUCCUCCAGAGAAGAGCGCUCCUGGUUCCGUGAGGCUGAGAUCUACCAGACAGUCAUGUUGCGCCACGAGAACAUCCUGGGCUUUAUCGCUGCCGAUAACAAAGAUAACGGAACCUGGACUCAGCUGUGGCUGGUGUCAGACUACCAUGAACACGGCUCCCUGUUUGACUACCUGAACCGCUACACGGUCACUGUGGAGGGCAUGAUCAAGCUGUCCCUGUCCACCGCAAGCGGCCUGGCCCACCUUCACAUGGAGAUUGUAGGGACACAAGGAAAGCCAGCUAUCGCUCAUAGAGAUCUAAAGUCCAAGAACAUCCUGGUGAAGAAGAACGGGACCUGCUGCAUCGCUGACCUGGGUCUGGCUGUUCGACACGACUCCGCCACCGACACCAUCGACAUCGCUCCAAACCACAGAGUGGGAACCAAAAGGUACAUGGCUCCAGAGGUGCUGGAUGACUCCAUCAACAUGAAGCACUUUGAGUCGUUCAAACGGGCCGAUAUCUACGCCAUGGGCCUGGUGUUCUGGGAGAUUGCCAGCCGCUGCUCUGUGGGAGGCAUUCAUGAGGACUACCAGCUACCCUACUAUGACCUGGUCCAGUCAGAUCCAUCAGUGGAGGAAAUGAAAAAGGUGGUCUGCGAGCAGAAACUUCGACCAAAUAUUCCCAACCGCUGGCAGAGCUGUGAGGCUCUGCGUGUCAUGGCUAAGAUCAUGAGGGAGUGUUGGUACGCCAACGGUGCCGCCCGGCUCACCGCGCUACGGAUCAAGAAGACACUGUCUCAGCUCAGCCAGCAGGAGGGAAUCAAGAUGUAGACCCAGCUCCCAAACACACACACUCACACACACAUCUCUGACUGGGAUCUAUACCAUUAGCAUUACACCAUCUGUGUCCUGAUGAGCCCUCAGCCUGUCCUGAAGGGAAGCUGAGGACAUUUUGUGUCUCAUUCACCGCCUGAGGAGGCUGGUCUCCUGCUGGGCAGGUGCGUUGAUGUCUAGUGGAGACAUCUGAUGGAGGAGGUCUGUGCCUGGGGGGAUGGUAGAGAUGUGUAAGGAAGCCUUCUAUCACUGACGUUUCAUUAGAGCAUCCUCUUCAAUCAUCACCAUAAACCUUUCUUUAAACAAUCCAAACCUUUCCCCUCAGUAAGGCUGCAGCUCUGAAGAUGUUAGGGAAAGAACUUGUGAUUUUCUAAGUAGCAUUGAAUGUGCUUUUUAUUGGGACACUGACCUUGUGUCAUAUCGUUGCUAUAGCAACUCCCAAGAAGCCUAGAGUGUCAUCAGCUUGUAAGGGAUGUGACAGCUGCUCCACGGACUACUCUGUGUGGCCACUGAGAUGCAUUACAGGACAGGAAAUGUCGCAUUAUUUUACUCAAUGAGCCAGACAGCACCAGUGUCCAAACUGGCGGAGUUCCUCAAGGUGCCUGGGUCAUGACUGGGUCAUCAUCUGGAGAAACAGAUGAUGACCCAUGAUGCAUACCAUGCCAUGAUGCAUCAUGCCAUGAUGCUUCCCAUGAUGCAUGAUAUGCAUCAUGGGAAGAAUGGAAUGAACAGCAGCUGUUUGGGUCAGCUUGAUUACACAUGUUCCAGUCAAAGAGCCAGACAUUGAAAAUAUCCAAUCAACUC